AUGGCCACGGACGAUAUUUCAGACUCGACGAGUCGGGGCAAACGCAAACAUAAUCACAAUCACGUCGCGAAUCCUGCGCAUCAGGAGAAUAAUAACAGCAAUGACCCUUCCUCGCAAACCGAUGAGCCCACUGCGCAGAGCCAGUGGAAGCCGUUUCACGGUCGAUGGCAGCAGCAGCAGCCCAACCGCACCAAAUCCAACAACAAUAAUAACAAUACGCACAUUUCGCAGCAGCAGAAAAAGAAUGCAAAAGGAAAGGGGAAAGGAAAGGCGAAUGCCAAUGCAAAUACAGAUACCAGCGCAGACCCACCACAACCGCGACGCUCACGUCGGGUGAUGAAAGCCCAGCGAAAGGCCGAACAAGACGCCCAGAAAGAAGCGCGAAGAAUCGCACAUGAUUUAAAGCAGCUAGGCCGGCAGGUUGCGUGUGAUACAACAGCAAACAACAGUACUGCACUGUUUGGAGAUGCCACUACUAGCAUGGGCUAUGCGGGAAGCCAGGGCGUUGUCGGACCAGCAGCAACGCCUGUCUUUACCGGCUCGAGUCAGGGAUAUCCAUUUUUGCAGGGACAUCAGUCUUUACAUGGAUUACAAUCUUUGCAAAACCCUCGACUCCCGUUGCAAUUUCCUUCACAGUUGACAAGCCAACCAGGCUUGGGCCUCUGGAGCGGAAAUCUACAGCAGACAAGCGCCUUGUCAACAAAUGCCGGAGUGGAAUCUGCCAUGCAGGAGGAAGACGCAGAGAUUGGAGAUUCGGACGCUUCCAACAAUAUCAAACAAGUCGAUGCAGUCAAGGAUGUGUCCCAUGCACAAAAUCAACAGCCAAGCAGAAAGGCUCCUGCAUACCCAGCCCCUGUCCCGACAGCAAGCUACUUGGAACAGGCAAGCAAGCCGCCAAAGGAGGCGUUAGAUUUCAUGCAGCCACUUCUCAUCAUAUUGGACUUGAAUGGUACUCUAUUACACCGGAUAAACAAGAAAAUGCCGCCUAGAUUUGUGAAAAGGCCUGCCCUAAAUCACUUCCUCGAACGGGUCACUGCAAGGCAUAUGGUUAUGGUCUGGUCCAGCGCACAGCCUGCAACGGUGGAAACGAUCUGCAGGCAAAUUUUCACGCCGGUGCAGUACGCCAAACUGGUAGCGAUUUGGAAUCGCACACAUCUCGGUCUACCAGAGGAUCUUUAUAGGAACAAGAUCCAAGUGUACAAGCAGCUGGAAAGGGUGUGGGCGGACAAAAAGAUACAAAGCCAGUACCCCAACAGCAAACACCGCUGUGGAAAGGCAAUUCACCACGUGAUAAAAUAUAACCCACACGCCCCCGUGGAAAAUGAAAUGACGGGGGUCAAUAGUCUCCGCUGGGACCAGUCCAACACCGUCCUAAUCGACGACAGCCGCCUCAAAGCCGCCGCCAACCCGUACAACAUCUUCGAAGUCCCCGAGUUCACAAACAAACCCAACGAUGACGACGAACUAGUCCUGAAAGCCUUGCUAGAACGAAUCAAAUUCAUCGCCAAGUCCAACGACGUCAGUCGCUGCCUCCGCUCUUGGAGCGAGCAAGGCGGCGAAGGUAUCACGAUGGAUCGUGGUCACAUCCUUGACGUCGCCCGUGACGAAAUGACCCAUGGACCACAGAUCCGUAGUACGAAUAAAAAAAAGCUGCAGGCGAUCACAAAGGAUCUCACCAAGGCCGAUGAAAAGACCGACGACAAGGUCCGGCGCUUGAUUAGAAGGGACAAGAAGAUGGGUCACAGAACCUUGCUAAAGCCAACCCCGCCUCCUAUGCCCUUACUUCAAACGGAGGAGGAUAGGGAAAAGACAGCGAAAAUAGCAGGUGAAAAAGGAGACGAGUUUCAGGACGACGGCGAAACUACUGGCUCCAUAUCAUCGUUGCUAGACUCGCCAGAAUUAUUAUCGGAAGAAUCGGAAUCAGAGUACGUUGUGAACUUGGAACGAAGCGGGAGUGCAUUUUUAACAAAGAAAAAAAUGUACAGGGAGAAAAAAAAGGGGAAAGGCAAACGAGCAACUUCUAACAAGGAUCGCGGUCAGGGUGAUCAGGAUGAUUGA